CCGUUACAGAUUCUGAACGUUGCUUUUCCUUCCUUCCUUCCUUCCUUCUCCUUCUAUACUGUUUAUUUCUCUCUCAAGUCGGGUCCAGGGAAAGCUCUAAUGGCGGCUUCUGUGGAAGCUUCGUCUCCGUCUUCCUUUUGCAAGGGUUCUCCGAGCUUGAAUGACUGUUCUUCUCCUCCGAUGUUCAGUCCUCCGUCCAACGAGCGGUUCUGGAAUACUCUUCGAAGUCGCGUCGAUGCGCUUCUCGAGAAUCGGAAGCUCGACGAGCGGUCCUUGCCGCCUGCACAGUCGAACGCGGAAUCAGAAGGGAGAUCGAGAAGAAUGAAGGAGGAUUCGAUGCUUUUGCUCAGGGGAUUCGAUUCAGUAGCCCAGACGCUCUCGCAGCUCUCAAACAAUCUAGAGAACGCCUUGCAGGGAGCUAGGGAUUUAGCUACACCGCCCACAAUGACUGAUUUAGUUCAAGCUGCACUUAAUCAAGCCAAGACGGAUGAAGAAAACCAAUUAAAAGAAGGGAACCAAUACAAGGAAGAAGAUAAUGAAGUAGACAAGAGAGGGAUGAAGAGGAAAUUGGAUUCAGAGCAAGUGGAAGAUGAUGGACCAUUAGAAAAAGGAAAAUGCCCUGACGAUAUGAGGAAGAUUCAAAAAGCCAAAAAUAUGGCGAUUUCCAUGGCAACAAGAGCCGCUACCAUGGCCAGAGAAUUGAAGUCAGUUCGAUCGGAUCUAAGCUUUAUGCAGGGGAGAUGUGCUGUGUUAGAGGAAGAGAAUCGAAAGCUUCGUGAUGGAUUAGGAAAUGGGAUCCAACCAGAUGAAGAUGACUUGGUAAGGCUUCAACUGGAGGCACUGCUGGCAGAGAAAUCGAGACUGGCGAAUGAGAAUGCCAACUUGAAAAGGGAAAACCAAUGCCUCCACCAGCUUGUGGAUUAUCAUCAGAUGACCUCGCAGGAUCUUUCGGCAUCGUAUGAGAACCUUGUAAAAGAAAUGGGCCUGGAAUUCUGUUCUCCUGACGGUGAGGGGGGAUCUUAUAAGACACCAUGUACGCAUUUGUCAGAAUUCUCCAAGUCAUUGGAUGAGUAUUUUGAUGAGGAUUAGUAAAUUAGAAGCAGCAGCAGUACUGUAGAGAAAAAGACUGAUUUUUGCCUUCCUAUUAGGUAUAAAUUCAUUUAUUUGUUGGUUC